CCCCAGAUGCUGGCCGUGCCGUGCCUGGCCCUGCUGGCCGCGCUGGCCCCCGCGGUGGCCCCCGGGGGGGCUCUGUCCUUCCUGGCGCUGGGGGACUGGGGGGGGCUGCCCGAGCCCCCCUUUGUCACCCCCCGGCAGGUGGCCGUGGCGGCCGCCAUGGGCCGCGCUGUCACCGAGCUGGGCGGGGACUUCGUGCUGGCCCUGGGGGACAACUUCUACUACGAGGGCGUGCGCGACGAGUGGGACCCGCGCUUCCAGGACACCUUCGAGCGCGUGUUCGCGGCCCCGGCGCUCCGCGGCGUCCCCUGGUUCGUCAUGGCCGGGAACCACGACCACGCCGGGAACGUCACCGGGCAGCUGAGCUACAGCGGCCACUCGCCGCGCUGGCGCUUCCCCCACCCGUACUACAGCCUGCGGCUGCACCUGCCGGGCUCCAACGCCUCGGCGCGCCUGCUGGUGCUGGACUCGGUUCUGCUCUGCGGCCGCGGCGACGAUUUCGGCGCGGGCCCGGCGGGGCCGGGGGACGCGGCGGCGGCGGCGGCGCAGCUGGGCUGGCUGCGGGCGCAGCUGGCGGCGGCGGCCGGGGACAGCUUCGUGCUGGUGGCCGGGCACUACCCGCUCUGGUCCGUGGGCAAGCACGGCCCCACGGCGUGCCUGCUGCGGCUGCUGCGGCCGCUGCUGCGGCGGCACCGCGUCAGCGCCUACCUGAGCGGGCACGACCACAACCUGCAGGUGAGGCAGGGACAGGGAGGGACCUGA